AUGGCUCACGCGGCGCUGCUCCACUGCUCCCUCCUCACAGCCUGCCGCCGCGGCAGCCACCACCACCGCGCCCCUUCGCACGUCCCGCGCCGCUCCCGCCCUCGCCGACGCGGCGGCGUCGUCAGCCUGCGUCCGAUGGCCUCGUCGACGGCUCAGGCCCCCGCGCCGGCGCCCCCGGGCCUGAAGGAGGGCAUCGCGGGGCUGUACGACGAGUCGUCGGGGCUGUGGGAGAGCAUCUGGGGCGACCACAUGCACCACGGCUUCUACGACUCGGGCGAGGCCGCGUCCAUGGCGGACCACCGCCGCGCCCAGAUCCGCAUGAUCGAGGAGGCGCUUGCCUUCGCCGCCGUCCCAUCCCCAGAUGAUCCGGAGAAGGCACCAAAAAACAUAGUAGAUGUUGGAUGUGGAAUUGGUGGUAGCUCAAGGUACUUGGCGAAGAAAUACGGAGCGCAGUGCAAUGGGAUCACGUUGAGCCCUGUUCAAGCUGAAAGAGGAAAUGCUCUCGCUGCAGCUCAGGGGUUGACGGAUCAGGUUACUCUGCAAGUUGCUGAUGCUCUGGAGCAACCGUUUCCUGAUGGGCAGUUCGAUCUGGUAUGGUCCAUGGAGAGUGGCGAGCACAUGCCGGACAAGAGAAAGUUUGUUAGUGAGCUGGCACGCGUCGCGGCUCCUGGAGGGACAAUAAUCGUCGUGACAUGGUGCCAUAGGAACCUCGAACCAUCUGAAACCUCGCUGAAACCCGAUGAACUGAGCCUCCUGAAGAGGAUAUGCGAUGCAUACUACCUCCCGGACUGGUGCUCGCCUUCAGACUAUGUGAACAUCGCAAAGUCACUGUCUCUCGAGGAUAUCAAGACAGCUGAUUGGUCGGAGAACGUGGCCCCGUUUUGGCCCGCUGUGAUAAAAUCAGCACUAACAUGGAAGGGCCUCACCUCUCUGCUGACGAGCGGAUGGAAGACGAUCAGAGGGGCGAUGGUGAUGCCGCUGAUGAUCCAGGGCUACAAGAAGGGGCUCAUCAAAUUCACCAUCAUCACCUAUCGCAAGCCUGGAGCAGCGUAG